UUGAAUAAGGCCUUCAAAAUCCAAUGAAUCACACCUGUGAAGCCAACCAAUAUCCAGAGUGAAAAGCCUUACUUUUGAAUAAUCGGUCCAAAAUUUUCCACACUCCACACUCCACACUCCACAGUAUAUUGUCGGCUCUCUGAUGCUCAACGAUAAAUGACCACAGGGCAAAAGAAAGUGUAAGUGAUGAGACUCAUUCACUGUUUCUCACUCUGAGAAAGAGAGAGAGAGAGAGAGAGGCAGAGAGGCCGUUGUUUCCCUCAGUAUAUCUUAGUGAGAGAGGAGAAAUGGCAGAGACCGCAACAAUAUAUCUCUUAAAAAAAAUUGGAGGACUGCUCAGUGGCGAAUUGAAGCUCUUUUCUGGAGUGGAAGAUCAAGUAGGAUGGAUCGAAGAUGAGAUCGAAGGCACGAGAGUGUUCCUAAAGAGGGCCGAUAAAGAAAAAGAGAGAAAAGAAGGGGUGGAUGUUUGGGUUCGUCAAGUGUGAACUGUGUUCUAUGAUGCUGAGGAUGCCCUCAGCGAACUCAUUUGGAGGAAGGUGACUUUAGAAUUGCAGCAGCCAAUGCGAUGCAUGGAGUGCUUGGUCACUCUGCUUCAAUUUAUUGAGGAAAUCAAAAUCAAUCAUCAGUUUGGUAGCACAAUAAGGAGUGUGGAAGCUCGUGUCAAUGCCAUGGACAUGAGGAAGAAUCGACUUGACCUCCAAAGAGAGGAUGGUGAAGCGAGCAGUUUGAAUGCCAUGACUUGACUGCAACAAGGGAAUCUCCAUCAACAAUUUCCUCUUUGGUAGAGGAAGCGCAUUUUGUUGGAAUCGAAAAGAAAGUAGAAGAACUCAAAGGAUGGCUAGCAGACGGAGAUCCGCGACUCAAGGUAAUCUCCAUCCUGGGCAUGGGUUGGGUUAGGCAAGACUAGCGCUUGCUAAUAGAAUUUACAAUGCUGACUUUUUUAAGAAACAUUUUGUUUGUCGUGCUUGGGUCACAGUCUCGCAAUCGUUUAACAAAAUAGAGACUUUGAAUGGCAAGAUUUGAUAAAGAGCAUGAAAGGGAUGAAUCAUUCAUGUUUAGACAAUAGGAGGUAUCUUGUGGUGUUAGAUGAUGUGUGGAGGGAGGUACAUAGUGUAUUUCCUGAUUUAUACAACGAAAGCAGAUUGACCCUCUUCCGCAAGAAGGCAUUUUGGAGGGAAAAUGAUAACUUAUAUCCUUGAGAGUUGGAGAAUGUCGAGAGGCUAAUUGUUAAGGAAUGUGAUGGACUCCCCUCGCCAUUGUCACCAUGGGAAGUAUGAUGUCGAGAGCACCCAAAGCAAUACAUGCUUGGGAAAAGGUUUGCCGCAGUCUUGUAUGGGAAUUGCACAAGCAUAAAGAUGUGAGGGGUAUUUUGAUGCUGAGUUACAGGGAUUUUCUUAUAUUGUUGUUUGUUCUCAGAGGACUAUGAAAUUCCUCGUUUCAAAUUGAUUAGGCUUUGGGUUGCGGAGGGAUUUAUAGAAGGAAAGAGAGGAAUAACAGAGACGGAAGUCGCUGCCGAUUACUUCAAAGAGUUGUUGGAUCGAAGCUCGUGAAAUUUGGUACAACUGGGCAUGUUAAAACAAUCCGCAUACAUGAUGUGGUACAAAAGCUAGAUGUUUGGAACAUUUUGCGAUGACAAAAAUAAGAAAUUUGCCGAUAAAACCCGGCACAUCGCUAUUCAAAACGAUGCUUCAAGUGUACCUACCAUGAAGGAAGUGUCCUGUCUUCGAACAUUUUUACUAUUCGGUUCAGAAACAUUAUCACCCUCAUAUUUGAGUCGAUUGUUUUCUAGCUCUAAAUAUUUGAGGGUUUUGGAUCUAUAAGGUACUAAGGUUGAGUGCCUUCCAAAAUGAAGUAGGACACCUAGUUCACUUGAGGUAUGAUGGACUAAGAGAUACAGGACUUGAGAAGGUCCCAAACGCUUUGGGGAACUUGACAAGUUUGCAAGUCUACAUUAGACUUGGGGGGAUUCGGAGGAGAACACCCAAGGGAAAUCUCAAAACUAAAAAGCUUGAGGUAUUUUUAUUUCUCUAAUUAUUCAUUUGGUGGUGCCGUGCCGUGCCGUGAUGGCUCCAAAUGGAAUGAGGAAUUUCAGUGAACUCCGAACAUUAAAGUAUAUAUGCAAGCAGGUGACUCAAGCAUUGCUAGAGAAUUGGGGUGCCUCGAACAUUUGCGAAAAUUAUAUAUUUGCUUAGAGAGGAGCCAAGAUGGGGUGGUGGAGCUGUGGGAAUCCAUCACUGCGUUGCUUUGCUUGCGCAUAGAUUCCAUGGAAUCGGAAGCUUUUCUACCCAUCACCUCCGACCGCUCUUGAAAGGUUAGAACUCGAUUGUUGCCUGCCAAUCGAGAACCUACCCAAUUGGUUUGGGGUUGAAUCUCUCCCAUGCCUCUCUAAACUAGUCUUAUAUGGGGUGGUGGAGCUGUGGGAAUCCAUCACUGCGUUGCUUUGCUUGCGCAUAGAUUCCAUGGAAUCGGAAGCUUUUCUACCCAUCACCUCCGACCGCUCUUGAAAGGUUAGAACUCGAUUGUUGCCUGCCAAUCGAGAACCUACCCAAUUGGUUUGGGGUUGAAUCUCUCCCAUGCCUCUCUAAACUAGUCUUAUACAAUGCCCACAUGACCCCUUCCUUGUCCUUCAAACCCUGCCCAAUCUCAUGUACCUCCAUUUAACCUACAACUCUUAUGUUGGCAAGCGCAUAGGAGGUAAAUGUGACGCUGCUGCCUUCCCUAAACUUCAAAUACUCUAUUUAGAAGAAUGGGAAGAAGUGGAGGACAGAGCCAUGCCUAUGCCUAUGCCUAUGCCUCCAAAGAUUAUAUAUUUAGGGGGUUGCCUCAAGGCUUCCAAUACCUCUUCACCCUUGAAGAGUUGUAUCUUUCGGACAUGGGAGAUAGAUUGAUUUGUUAGCCGAUUAAAGAGAGCUUCAGGUGAGUAAAGACCGUUUCAAAGUGCAACACAUCUCCACUGUUUGAGUUCGGUUAUAUAGAGAUAGGAAAAUUGUUGAUGAAGAUUUGUAGAGAAGGGAAAAGGGUUUAUGGAGAUUUGUAGAACGCAUCCUCUGGUCGCGCCCUUAUCAGAAUCAAUCAAUGGUCGUUCCAUUGGAGACUGGCUGGAUGAUUGUUUCUUCUCGUGUGUGGUACUGCAUUUUGUGCAUUGAACAAAAGUACUGUUCGGUACUGUCGUGAGGAUCUUUCAGUCUGAGCAUGAAACGUCGCAUAAGGACAAAUGCCCUGCUACCUGACAACUUCUGAGAUGUUUGAAGUCAUAGAAAUUGAUCGGAAAUGAUCAAUUUAUUCGAAAGGGUUUACCGCAGUGCCGUGAGGCUUGUUUGUUCGAUGCUUCCUUUGCCUUACAUAAAGGUGGGAUAUUUGACCUCACCACCUACAGGGAACCCAUUUGCCCCCCAUAAUGAUUGGAAGAGAUCCCAAUUUGUUUUGAACCAUGAAUGCCUUCAACAGGUAAGCAGGGGUGAGCCAAAGCAAUCCACACAGAGUCCUUCAGCCAUGUUAACAAGCACCACACAUAUUGAAAAACCUCUCAUCAAAGUUGAUAUUCUGGAUAUAACAUCAAUAUCAGCAUGUGCAGAUCUUACAUUACCUCCAGCAACGGGCCUUUGUAUUGAUACAAUAGGUCACCCAACCAAUCUGGUGGAUUUGAGGGAGGUUGCUGAUACGUGGGAAUCCAUGGAUGGGUGGCUAGAUGCAAUUCGUCUGGUGUACACCAUCUGUGCACGUGGUAAAAGCGAUGUUCUAGCGGGUGUUAUAACAGGCUGAUUCAUUGAUAAUAUUGUAGUUUAUCCAAGGAUGUUGUCUGAUUCACUAAUCGCUCAAAUUUUCCUUUCAAAAUAUAUCUUGGCAAUUUUCGGUUGAGUUAUUUUUUCUGUUUUAGAUAUCAGUUAAGACUUAAGACUAAUGUAUUAGCAUUGUGAAAGUGUCGUCACUCAGAUGUUUGUCAAAAACCCAAUUUCCGUGCCAAAUUUUUAUUUUUAUCUCUAACUUAAGGUUAAAGGUCCAACUCUGCACAUCCCAUCAUGCUUUCGGAAUGCAAGGCCUAAUAGUAAUUGAUCCUUGCAUAUCUGCUAGAUGAAGGCUGAAUUAUUUUGUUGGCCCGAUACCAAUGCCUAUGAUUUUCUAUAUAUGCUUUCUCACUGACCAGAAGUGUCUAUAAACUGAAUCAGCCAUGCUAACAGGCAUUGACUGUAUUAUCUGCCUCAAUGGACCUGCUGGUAGGUGUUGAAAGCCUACAAAAAUAUUUCAUAUAAAUAUGCAGCCUGGAUGAUUGUGUUUUUACAGAUUUGAGAGAUUCCUCAUAAGACUAAUAUGAGGGAUCUGUACAAAGAAUAAAUUUAGCCAUGAGUAUUGAAAUAUCUUGACAAUGUGAUGAUGUAUGCUGAAAAUGUCAACAAUAUUCACAUUUGUU